ACAAGGAGAAAGCGAGGGAGGGAGUAAAAUAUUUUACUAUUAAGCUGGAAACAUACAGCGGUGUGUAUACAUCUUAUUAUUAAACACUGGACAUCCGCGUGUGCGGAAGAGCGUCUCCCCUUGAGUUUGAUCUGCGCGGUUGGAAGUGGCACUCGUGGCAUGACGACCACUAACAAGGGAAGCAAAGCCUUGAAGGUGAAAAGGGAGCCGGGGGAGAAUGGGACGAGCCUGACGGACGACGAGCUGGUGACCAUGUCGGUGCGGGAGCUGAACCAGCACCUGCGGGGCCUCUCCAAGGAGGAGAUCCUGCAGCUGAAGCAGCGGCGGCGCACGCUGAAGAACCGCGGCUACGCCGCCAGCUGCCGCGUCAAGCGCGUCACGCAGAAGGAGGAGCUGGAGAAGCAGAAGGCCGAGCUGCAGCAGGAGGUGGAGAAGCUGGCCUCCGAGAACGCCAGCAUGAAGGUGGAGCUGGACGCCCUGCGCUCCAAGUACGAGGCCCUGCAGAGCUUCGCCAGGACAGUGGCGCGCGGCCCCGUGGCCCCCGCCCGGGGCCCCAUCGCCUCCGUCAUCGGGCCCCUUAUCCCCGGCAAGGUGGCCGCCACCAGCGUCAUCACCAUAGUCAAGUCGAAGACGGACGCGCGGUCUUAGUAUCUGUCAGAGAAGGAGAGCGAGGGCGGGAGGAAGGGAGAGGGAGAGAGGGAGAGAGAGAGGACGUGUUCAGGAAGAAGUAGUCAGUGCAUCAUUACUGAGCACAGGGUUGUAUUGAUAUCAACAACCUUAACCCCCCAUCCCUGCCAGCCCCCAGAAAAUACCACUCUCUCAUUAUCCAUACCAGGGUUUGCAGUGACCGUAUUCAGAGAGGCGAAGGGUUAUUGUGUGGGUUAAAACCCUUUCUUUAUCUAUGGCCCAUCCUGAUUCAUGUGGAUGUAUGUAUUUAUUGAAUUUUUAUAGUAUUUACAUGGGUCCAAGUGUAUGUUUCUCUCUGUGGUGUCUCUGCGUGUGGUGUGUUUAAUAUUAGUCUAUGGUAUUAGUCAGUCUAGACUGUCAUGCUGUUUUCCGUCCCGUCUUGACAGGGAGAUUCUUGCACUGAAACGCGUAGCUUGGCUGGCACAGCGGCUUUCAAACAGACCCUGCUUUUGCGCACAGAUUUUUGCAGACAAGCAGAUACAGUUAAUUAGGUCUUUUUUCAUUAGCGUGAGAACAUUCUGAGAACGUUCUUUAAACAGGGGUGGGGAAUGAUUCAGAGUUUUGCAUUUUCACUGCAUUUUGUGAGAAGGGGGAGGGGCGUGGUCAUCCAAUUAAUCAUUGGUUGGUUCUUACAUACCUGUGCCUAGUGUUUUUGCACUGACCAAUCAGAUGUGUUUUUCUGGUAAUAAGACAGGUGUUGUCGCUGUUAUGAGUCUGAAGCUCAGAUUCAGAACUGAAAAGACCAGGCUAUGUGAUUGGGUAGUCCUUCUUUCUAGAAACAAACAAAACAAAGUCUUUUUUGAUUGUUGAGCUUGUGUGGAACUUUUUUUUUUUUUUUUUCUGUCCGUUUUCGUUUGUUUCCCAUGUUGAACGGUUAGCUGGUGUUCUUUGCAGAUGUUUACAAGUUGUGUUCUGCAGAAUACUGUAUUAACGUAGAAAGGCAAUAAUAUUUAUUCAUGUGAAGGAACAGUGCUAGGCCAGCAUUGGGCGUCCCUACGAAGUCAAACGUACAUCAUCGACGAGUGAAUUAAUCUUUUUGCCAUUGCUGUUGUUCCCUUCACUUUAACAGAUGUAGAGUGUUCUUAAAAGGCUGUGGACACCCGUGAAUAUUGUGUGAACAAACUGGUCAUUUUAAGCGAUGAAACUGUUUCAGUUUGUGUGUUUGAGUGAGCCAUUCGACAACGAUCGCACUUAAAGAAGUUUUUGUUCGUUUGUUAAAAAAA